UUAGCACACACACAAACAUAGAAACACACGCACACACAAAACUAUAGAUAAGUUCACAAACACUAUGAAUCACAACCCAGCCUGCAAAUCACUUGGGAAAACACCUAAGGAGGUUAAAGAUGGAAUAAAGAAAGGGCCCAAGUGUUGACGCAGAAUCCUGAGGGCCAGAAGUGAGGCGGCUGCUUUUUAGACUCUGUGAUCAUAUGCGCUCCAGUCAGCAGGUGAAGGACCGAAGGACUCCCAGUGAGAUUUACCCACACUGGAUGUUGUCUUUUUUUCUCUGAGCUUCCUACAUUUUCAAAAGAGGUGGGGGAGUAGGCGACUGACAUUAUCAACCAAACAUCAUGGACCAGGAGGAGGACAAAAACUCUUUGGAUAUCCAUGACAACCCUCCCGCUCCUGACAACUUUGUGAGAGAGGACGGAGACACAGUCUACUUCAUUUAUGAUGAGGAGGUGGAGGUUGAAGAGAAGGAGCCAGAACCUCCUCCUCCUGUCGUCCGGAUCAACGACAAACCCCACAAGUUCAAGGACCACUACUGCAAAAAACCCAAGUUCUGUGACGUCUGUGCCCGCAUGAUAGUCUUGAACAACAAGUUUGCUCUGAGGUGUAAAAACUGCAAGACUAACAUCCACCACUCAUGCCAGUCUUAUGUCGAGUUCCAGAAGUGCUUUGGCAAAAUUCCUCCUGGCUUCAGGAGGGCCUACAGCUCCCCGCUGUACACCAGUGACAUCCCAGAUCCAAACAACCCAAACAGGAACGACCCGGUCUUUGACACUCUGCGGGUCGGUGUCAUUAUGGCAAAUAAGGAACGCAAAAAGAAUGAAAAUGACAAAAAAAAUAUGAUGAUGAUGAUGGAAGAAGAGGAAGAGGAGAACCAACAGCCCAAAGAGAAUGAGGAGGGAGGAGAAGGGAAGCCUGAUGAUAAGAAGGAGAAAGGAGAACACAAAGCAGAGGACAAGAGCAAGGGUACGUUCAGCCAGACUCACUUCUUCCUGGCUCUCUACCGCUUCAAGGCCAUCGAGAAAGACGACCUCGACUUCCACCCUGGGGAUCGGAUCACAGUGCUGGAUGACUCCAAUGAAGAGUGGUGGAGGGGAAAGAUGGGGGAGAAGUCGGGCUACUUCCCCACCAACUACCUCAUAAAGGUGCGCGCAUCAGAGAGAGUCUUCAAGGUGUUGCGCUCCUUCGUAGGGAACAGAGAGAUGGGACAAAUCACACUGAAGAAAGAUCAGAUUGUGGUGAAAAAAGGAGACGAGAAAGGCGGCUACUUGAAAGUCAGCACUGGACGCAAACUGGGCUACUUCCCUGCUGAUCUGCUGGAGGAGAUCACUGUGACAUAAGAAGAGCGACAUGCAACGAAAGAGCCUGUAACACUUUAAACAUCAGCACAGCUUGGACAGCAUUAGGACGAUGCUUCUGAUCGUUUCUAUAACGGCUCUUUUUAUGCAGCAGAUAUGUUAUGUGGUGUAUUUGUGCCUUUGAUACCAAAUGAAGCAUAGGAGAUUAAUGAAUAGUACAUUGAUAAGACACACUCAGGUGAUGUAUGGGCCUUUUGUGGAAACCAUGGUAAUGUAGUCAGAUGCUUUAAGUGAACACCUGCUCAUUGUAGCUUCUAGGAGAACUUGGACAUCCUAGCAUAAACAAUAAAUCAAUCAUAUUGUUAUAAAAAUCACCUUUAACAUUACUGCUAAUGAACCAAUCACAUGGCUUGAUUAGGUAUAAUAUAUGAAUCAAAUAUGUUGCUAUGUAUUAAUGUAUCUGUCUAAUAAAUAUUUUAAUGAUAAUUAU